CCAAGUUAAGUUCAGUGUAGUUUUCAGCACCGGGUGGAUUACGCCAUGGCGUAACGUGCGGUGAUUGUGGAUUGUGAAUAUUGAGAUUUUUUCCCUCCCGGGGAACACCGGGACUAUCCUUGACCCAAAUCUUGAAAGAACUACACGGUUUCUGUCAGCAAUAUUAAAAAAGAGGGAGCUUGGAAGGGAAAAAGUUUUGCGGCGAGGGCGCAAAAAGCAGGGUGAAUUCAGUGAGUGGGGGACAUUAAGCUAAACCAAAAUUUAGUGAAUGUUAAACUAGAGUUUGCCAAUGACGUGAGUUGCAAGACCGCUAAAAUCAAGAUGGAUGUCGUCUGAAAAAAGUGCUGGGACUGGAAACGAGAAUGGCUAUACAUUCUCAAAAUUUCGUAAAAUACAUCGUGGUUUUGUUGUAUUUAGUCCAGUUCAUCAACGGAUCGUCGCAUUUUUUGCGAAACGUCGACAAUGCCAUGUAUCGGCACAGAAGGAGUUACGAGCUUCGUCGGAAAGGAAAAGAAAGUGUUGUAGAUAGCAAUUCGGUGAAAAGUGUGUCAAAUGGCAAUAAGUCUGGAGUUUUUGCAACGGAAAAUUGCACUGUGGUCGUCGCACAAAUUGGAGGGACGGCGACGUUGCCUUGCGUCGUUAGAAAAUUCAAUAAUGGUGUCGUCUCGUGGAUUCGCAAACGGGAUUAUCACCUCCUGACAGUCGGUCCAACGACAUACAAUACCGACGACCGCUUCUUGGUGGAACAUGUUCGACAUCUGCAAAACUGGGGUCUGCUUAUCAAGCACGUGCAGCUCUCGGAUGCCGGCUUCUACGAGUGCCAAAUGUCGACUCAUCCACCCACAAGUAUUCUCAUCGAACUCAAGGUCACUAAGGCCUUAGCGGAAAUCCAGGGUGCCCCCGACUUGUACAUGCGAGCGGGGUCGUUGCUUCGCUUAGUUUGUACCUUGCGGCACUCGACGGAGCCGCCCGCCUACGUUUUCUGGUAUCACGAGCAGAAAAUGAUUAACUACGACCCGGGGGUGACCGUCAAGGAGGGCCGCUCCUCCAGCGUGCUCCUGCUCCAGGACGCCGAUAAGAGCCACAACGGCAACUACACUUGCAGCCCCUCCAACGCGGUGCCCGCAUCCAUUAACGUCCACGUCCUUAACGCCACUGCAGAGGAGAAACCAGCUGCCAUGCAGCACGCCAACACCAGCUCAUCCUCGUCGUAUUCCUUCGCCAGGUGCAGCAUUCUUCUCAUUGCCCUCAUUCCCGUGAUACCAAACACGUGAUCCUGACAAGGGACGGGAUAUAUGGACUAUUUGUGAUGUUUUACAAGUGAUAUCAUGGUACUUCGUAAGCCUAACUCAACUUUGUAAAUUUGUAAAUAUUUGUUUAUAAACGUUCAACUAAAAUUGGAAUAUUUAUCAUUGUAUCAUUGCCAAACACUUCCAUGUAAUAUUACUAUGUCAAAUAAUUCGAUUUUAUUUUUAUUGAAUAAACGAUUCAAUAUUAA